AUGGUAAGAUUAAGAAAAAUUUAGAAAACUCAGGCAUGGGGGGUGGGAAGAUUAAAAAUCAAAGCGGGUGAAAACAGAAAAAGGGGAAGGAGAAAAAUUAAAAUUUUUUUCUGAUUGUGAUAUGCAAUUUUAGACCACAUACGAAAAAGGAGCUAAGCCAGAAAACGGUCAAUUUUACGCCUUCGACCAUGUACGGUUCUACGUCGGUAAUGCUAAACAAGUAAGUUUUUUAGCAAGAACUUUCUUUACAAAAGCCAAAAUAGCAAGAACUUUCAUUAUAAAACAAAAAGUAGCAAGAAAUUUCUUUACACAAGCCAAAGUGACAAGAACUUUCUUUACAAAAUAAAAUAUAGCAAAAACUUUUUUUACAAACCAAGAAAUGGCAACAACUUUCUUUACAAAACCAGACAAGGCAAAACUUUCUUUACAAAACAAAAAAUUGCAAGAACUUUCUUUACAAAACGUAAACUACAAGAACUUUCUUUACAAACCACUUUUAGGCCGCCUACUGGUACUGUGCCAAUUUCGGCUUCAAGCCCUUUGCUUACAAAGGCCUAGAAACUGGCAGCCGGCUAGUAACAGCUCAUGCCAUAAAACAAGACAAAAUUGUAUUUGUAUUCGAAUCCGCUUUACUACCCGGUAACAAAGAGCUAGGUGAUCACCUAGUACAACAUGGAGAUGGCGUUAGAGAUGUAGCCUUCACGGUGGAUAAUAUCGACUGGAUUGUGGAUUAUGCCAAGAAACAAGGCGCUAAAGUUUUACAAGACGUUACUGAAGAGAAGGAUGAAGAUGGAAGUGUAAAGAUUGCUAGGCUUCAGACGGUAGGUCUUUCAUAUUAUAGAUACAGUAAAGCUAGGCAGAGUAAAAUAAGAUACAGUGCGGUAGAAUAGACUUUUAGGCUUAACUGCAGGAAUUCUAAGCUUAGCAGCAAAAAUUCUUAGGCUUAGCAGCACACAUUUUAGGCUUAGCAUUACAUAUUUUAGUCUUAGCAGCACACAUUUUAAGCUUAACAGCACAUAUUUUAGGCUUAGCAGAAGACAUUUUAGGCUUAGCAGCACACAUUUUAGGCUUAUCAGUACAAAUUUUAGGCUUAGCAGCACAAAUUUUAGGCUUAGAAGAACACAGCUUAGCAGUACGCAUUUUAGGCUUAGCAGCACACAUUUUAGGCUUAGCAGCGCACAUUUUAGGCUUAUCAGUACAAUUUUUAAACUUAGCAGCACAAACUUCAGGCUUAGCAGCACACAUUUUAGGCUUAACAAUGGUAAGAUAAAAUUUUUAUAUUAUCUAUCAUAAUGACAUUUUUUACAGUACGGUGACACAAUUCACACCCUAGUGGAACGUCACAACUACAAAGGUCUAUUCCUACCCGGAUUCAAAACCCAUCAAGGAUCAACGGCUCUGUUCGAUGCCCUACCUCCAGUCAAUCUCAACUUCAUGGACCAUUGCGUAGGUAACCAGCCCAAUAACGAAAUGGAGCCGGCUGCCACUUGGUACGAGAAGUGUCUUUUGUUCCACAGAUUCUGGAGCGUAGAUGACAGUAUUAUCCACACUGAUUACUCGGCUUUGUCAUCAAUUGUUGUCACGAAUUAUGAAGAGACGAUCAAGAUGCCUAUUAAUGAACCUGCCCAAGGCAAAAAGGCCGUUUCUCAAAUUCAGGUGGGUUUUAGGGUCAGAAAAUGCAGCAACUACCAAAAAAUGGCAAAAACUUUCUUUGCAAAGCAAAAAAUAUAAAUUUUGCACCUAAAAAUAACAUUUCAUACCUAAAACACCAUUUUAUACCUAAAAUUCUCUUUCCAGGAGUACGUAGACUACUAUGGUGGAGCAGGUGUCCAACAUAUCGCCCUGAACACAACAGACAUCAUUUCCGCCAUCACAGCGCUUCGUGCCCGAGGAAUGGAAUUCCUCCGUAUUCCAGAUUCCUACUACACAAACCUCAAAGAAAGAUUGGCACAAAGUCAAACAAAAGUGGCCGAGGACAUGGACAAAUUGCAAAAACUUCAGAUUUUGGUCGAUUUUGAUGAAAAUGGAUACUUACUGCAAAUCUUCUCAAAACCAUGCCAAGAUCGACCAACCUUGUUCAUCGAGAUCAUUCAGCGACAAAACCAUCAAGGCUUUGGAGCCGGCAACUUCAAGGCGUUGUUCGAAUCCAUUGAACUGGAGCAGAAUGAACGAGGAAACUUGUUUUACAAGGACAUCAAGACUGGUGGCGAGAGGCUAUAA